AUGUCUGCAUCUAUCACUAAUUCAAACCCUUCUGAUCAACAUGUUCCGAAUCGUUCUGUUUUCAAUAAAUUAGAUGAUUCAAUUUAUUAUCCUUUACUCGAUUUAGAUUAUCAAAAUCGUUUCAUAAUCUUUAAACCAGCUUAUAUCAAAAACAUCUCUUGUGGUUACUGUAAACUCUCAAAAAACUCAAAUCAAGUCUUUCUCCAAAUCUACUCAAUAGAUAUUAAAACCUACGAAAUCUUGAUCAAUAAAAACUACAGGAGAUCUGGCAUCUAUCUCUAUAAAUUUGAUUUGCUAAGAAACUGUUGUAAUUUGUAUACAAUCCGUUCAAAUUCUUCUUUCUUGAAACUAUCAAAUGAUCUCAAAAAGUCCUUGAAAAGAUUCAUUCAUUUUUUUAAUCCUUCCUUCAAUAUAUUUCCAAUAGAUAAAUCUCUUCCUUCUUCCUUUUAUAAUCUUCUUCUAAAGUUUUGGAACCAUCAACGCACAAAAAUUAAAUCCGUUUUCACUUCCCCUAAUUUCACCCCAGAAAAAUAUAACCUAUUCAAAAAAUACCAAAUAGCUAUCCAUAAAGACAAACCUUCAUCUUUAUCUGAAAAAUCUUUUACCGAGUUUUUAUGUGACAGCCCCUUUAAUAUCAAUUAUGAUUCUCCCUUUUAUCUUCAACAACUAGACAUUCUAAAUAACUCUUGGUAUAAAUUUGACUCAAACCAAAUCCCUGAUUUAAAAACAAAACAACCUUUCUCCAAAAUCUUGGGUUUGUUGCAUGAAUGCUAUUACUACAAUGAUACUUUAAUUGCCAUUUCCUUCAUUGAUGUUCUAAUUAACGGAAUCUCUUCAGUCUAUUUCAUAUAUGAUCCAGAUUAUAAAAAGUUAUCUUUUGGAAAUAUCUCCGCCAUUAAAGAUUUUCUUUUAUGUGAUUUAUUGAAUAAAGACUAUUAUUAUUUAGGCUAUUAUAUUAGUAAUUGUCCUAAAAUGAACUAUAAAAAGAAAUUUGGAGGUGAAUUACUAAACAUGAUCAACUAUAGAUACUAUCCAAUAUCUUUAUUCGAAAAUAACUCUCGCCUAUUAAAUAAUUAUCAAUCCAAUUCGCUUUUGGAAAAUUUUGUAUGUCUUUCAGAUCAAAAUGAUCUCUCAAAACUUCAAAAUUUUGAAAAUAAUAAUGAUAAAAUUAUUCGUAAAACUAUCAAUGAAAAAAGUCAAUCCCACUUUGAAUUCAAUCUCGAUAUUUCCAGGUCCCAGUCAUUAGAACUUAACCCCUGUUCUUAUUCAGUAGAAAAUAAUUCAAAGGAUAAAACUCUUUUAAAUGUAUCGGAUUUAUUGUAUAAUUCUUUCACUAAUAAAGGGACGGCUUUUACUGAUCUUAAAUCUAUCGUUUCAACUUUUAAAAAUGACCAUAGCUUAACUCUCACCAUAAACUCUAGUGAAUUAAAAACUAUAUACAACCCAAAAUUCAUUAAUUCAGUCAAAAAAACUGGUGAUAUUGAUAUUAGUAACAAAGUCGAAGAUAAAAAAGUUGACGAUGAUGAUAAUGAUGACGAUCACGAAGAUAAUGAUAAUGAUAAUGAUAUUGACUUGGGAGCUUUCCAAUUACACAAUAGAAAUAAUACUUACAAGAGAUUGCCUUUAAUAAUACCGGGUCUAAUUCCAUUAAGUCAAAUCAAUACAUUAAUUAAAAAUGGAAAGCUAGAUAACUUGACAGUAAAAAUGUCUUGCUAUUCUUUGUGGCUACGUUUUGAUCAGGUGAAAUUCUCCGACAUACCUGAAAAAUAUGAGCCGCUUAAAUUCAUUUUGAUAGAUCUUGUUAGAUUGUUUGGUUUGGACAUCGUAAAUUGUAUUUCACUAUUCUUGUAA